UCGAAUAAAAAAUUGCUCACCUUAAUAUUUACAACCCUAAACCUCUUUCUUUGUGAAAAGGCCAUAUUCUGCAAUGCUCUCUGACGCAGAUUAUGGGGGGCCCUCAUCUGCGAGUCGGCAGCGGGCAAAGAAGAGAGUUGCCUCAGCAGUAGAUUCAGCCACAGACAGUGUGCGCUCCUCUAGGCAGGCCAGUGUCAGGGUGAAGCGAAGCAGCAGCACUCCUACGGGACAGGGGAAUACAAAAAGAAAGACCACUGAUACAGAAGAGGAAGAUGACCAAUCGGAGAAGAAGUACAGGAAGUGUGAAAAGGCUGGUUGUCCAGCUACGUACCCUGUGUGUUUUGCCAGUGCCUCUGAAAGGUGCGCAAAAAAUGGCUACACUUCUCGAUGGUACCAUCUGUCGUGUGGAGAACACUUUUGCAAUGAGUGUUUUGACCACUACUAUAGAAGUCACAAAGAUGGCUAUGAGAAAUACUCAUCAUGGAAGAGGGUAUGGACAGGAAAUGGAAAGAGUGAGCCCAGUCUGAAAGCUUUCAUGGCUGACCAGCAGCUUCCAUACUGGGUCCAGUGCACAAAGCCGGACUGCGGCAAAUGGAGACAGCUAACGAAAGAGAUCCAGCUCACUGCUGCACUGGCUACCACCUACCGCUGUGGCAUGAAAUUCAACAACGUCAAAAGUGAAGGUCCAGACCAGUGUUCCCUGCCUGAGGACAUGAGGGUGGCUGGGGUGAUGGAGAGCUGGUGGCACUCUAUGCUGAUCCUGCCUCCUUUACUGAAGGACAGUCCUGCCAAUCCAUUUCUGACUGCCUACUACCCUGACUGUGUGGGCAUGAGUCCCUCUGCUUCGCCUAGCAACUAUUCCCAUGGCGAACUGAGGGCGGAGCAUCGCCGGGUCGUCCAGCCUCAAAUUCCAGGACUGUGCUCAUACUUCCAGCCUUUCUAUCAGCCCAACGAGUGCGGCAAAGCUCUGUGUGUCAGGCCAGAUAUGAUGGAGCUGGAUGAACUCUAUGAGUUUCCAGAAUUUUCCAGGGAUCCCACCAUGUACCUCGCUCUUCGCAACCUUAUUUUAGCUGCCUGGCACAGGAACUGUAAGGAGGUCCUGACCCCUCAGAAGUGUGCCCCUCAUGUGAUUGUUCGUGGGCUGGUACGCGUGCGCUGUGUUCAGGAGCUGGACAGGGUGCUUCACUUCAUGACCCGCAAGGGCCUAAUCAAUACAGGUGCUCUGCUAGUCAAACAGCCUCUGCUACCGGAGCCAUACCGUCUCAAAAAGGUACUUGUGAUUGGCGCAGGAGCGUCUGGGCUAGCCGCCGCGAGACAGCUGCAAAACUUUGGCAUGCAGGUGGUGGUGUUGGAGGCGAGAGAACGGAUCGGCGGACGAGUCUGGGAUGACACGUCAUUGGGCGUCACUGUUGGACGUGGCGCUCAGAUCGUUAACGGCUGCGUGAACAAUCCCAUCGCCCUGAUGUGUGAACAGUUAGGCAUUAAGAUGCACAAGCUGGGGGACCGGUGUGACCUGAUUCAGGAGGGGGGCAUAGCCACUGACCCCUCCAUCGAUAAACGAAUGGACUUCCACUUUAACGCCAUCCUGGACGUCGUGUCUGAAUGGAGGAAAGACAAGUCUCAGAACCAGGAUGCUCCGUUAGGGGAGAAAAUCCAGGAAGUGCAUAAAACAUUCCUGCAGGAGUCUGGGAUCCAGUUCAGUGAGUUGGAGGAGAAAGUUCUUCAGUUUCACCUCAGUAAUCUGGAAUUCGCCUGUGGAAGCACUCUAGAUCAGGUAUCUGCACGUUCUUGGGACCAUAAUGAGUUCUUUGCGCAGUUCUCAGGAGACCACACAUUGCUAACAGAGGGCUACUCUUGUUUACUUCACAAACUGGCAGAGGGACUGGAAAUUCACCUCAAUACUCCGGUUCAGUCCAUUGACUACUCUGGAGAUUCAGUCAAAGUCACGUCUUCCAACGGCGCCCAAUGGACAGCUCAAAAGGUGUUGGUGACCGUUCCAUUAGCUUUGCUUCAGAAGAACACCAUUCAGUUUAAUCCUCCUCUCCCUGAGAGAAAACUGAAAGCCAUUCACAGUCUGGGGGCCGGUAUCAUUGAGAAGAUCGCGCUGCAGUUUCCUUACAGGUUCUGGGACAGCAAGAUCCAAGGAGCAGACUAUUUUGGUCACGUCCUUCCCAGUCCAGAGGGGAGAGGAAUGUUUAGCGUCUUUUAUGACAUGAAUCCUCAGGGCAAACAGAGCGUGCUGAUGUCAGUCAUCACUGGUGAGGCCUUGUCUGCAGUCAGGGAUCUUCAGGACAAAGAGAUUGUGGAUCUCUGUAUGAAAGUCCUACGGGAACUCUUCAAGGAGCAGGAGGUUCCGGAACCACUGAGGUACUUUGUGACCCGCUGGAGUAAAGACACGUGGUCGCAGAUGUCAUACAGUUUUGUGAGGACUGGAGGCAGUGGAGAAGCCUAUGACAUCAUCGCAGAGGAUGUGCAAGGGAAAGUGUUCUUUGCUGGAGAGGCCACCAACCGACAUUUUCCACAAACGGUGACAGGAGCGUAUCUGAGCGGAGUUCGGGAAGCCAGCAAGAUUGCGGCCAUGUAGCUGUGACGCUAUAACCAUCUACACUCAGACUUGGACGUUGCUGAAGAGAAUACAGCAAUGACUUUUUGACAGCAAACAUUUAUGCUGCUUGGUGCUACUCAUCUCCGUCAUUCAGGAAGACUUUGCUGUGGUCGUCGUAUUUCAACACAGUUUUCAUUUGUCUUAAAGCAAAGGAACUUCUGUGAGACCCUCUGUUCUUCUUCUUUUUUUUUUCCUCGAUUUAUUUUAUUUAACGGUUAUCUGACCAAGCAGUACCCGUUCGCUGGGGGAAUUAUUUCAUGUGAUUUAUGAACAAUUAUAACUCAUCUACUUCAUGUUUAAAUUGUUGAAUUAGCGCCCCUUUGUUGAUAAGUAAUAUAUAAUUCUGUCUUUGAGUUGUUUGUUAUGAGUUAUGGGUAUAUGUGUAUGUAGGAUGAAGUGUCAAUAGAGUCUGUGUAUGCAAAGAC